AUGAAGUUCUUCAUCUUCACCUGCCUUCUGGCUGUUGCUCUGGCAAAGUCUAAGAUUGAGCAAUCUUCAAGUGAGGAAACUGUCGCUAUCUCCCAAGAAGUAACUCCAAACUUAGAAAACAUUUGUUCCACAUCCUGUGAGGAACCCAUAAAGAAUAUCAAUGAAGUGGAAUAUGUUGAAGUUCCCACAGAGAUAAAAGAUAAGGAAUUUUAUCAGAAGGUGAACCUCCUCCAGUAUCUCCUGGCUCUUUACCAAUAUCCCACUGUCAUGGACCCAUGGACUCAGGCUGAGAUAAAGGCCAUCCCCUUUAUUCACACUAUGCAAUAUAAGCAGGAAAAGGAUGCCACUAAGCAUACCAGUCAGAAAACUGAGCUGACUGAAGAAGCAAAGGCUUUUCUAAAAUACUUGGAUGAAAUGAAACAAUAUUAUCAGAAGUUCACUUUUCCCCAAUACCUAAAAAAUGCUCAUCAUUUCCAGAAAACUAUGAACCCUUGGAAUCACGUUAAGACAAUUGUGUACCAAAGUGUGCCCACUCUAAUGACUCCUAAAGCAAUUUUUAGAGAUGGGUCAAACUAG